CAGCCGGGGAAUUCCAUCGCGCUGCGAGGGCUCCGGCGAGCCUGGGCUGGGGGUCUCGGAAGGAAGGGGGAGGAGAGAAGGGGGCAGGCUGGGACCAGGGGCGCAGCUGCCUUCUUCCCCAGACACCAGCUGCCCCUGCCUGUCCAGGACUGAGUGUCCACCAGCCCCGCCUGUCUGGAGGGUGCAGGGGCCGGGAGUGGCACUCCCUCCAUCAGGCCAGAGGCGUCGGGACCUGGGGAGCGAAGGGCGUGAGGAUCUGAAAGAGGGUCGCCUGGGAGACCCCGAAGCGACCCCGGGGGUGGCACAGGUCCUAUGCAGGCCUGGGCGACCUCUCCUAGGUUGGGGGCGAUGGGGACAGGAGCCCCGCAGAGCCUCCUCCUUCUCCUCCUUCUCCUCCCAAUGCUGUCGCCACGCGGGGCCUCCGCGGGGAGCCUGCAUACCCCAGGUGAGUCUUGGCCGGAUGACCGGGCCUUGGUCGCACUCCCUCCUUCGCCUCGCCGCCUCGGACCCGGGUCCGGAGCCUGGGGAGGGGUCAGAGCAGGUGGCGGGAGCAGCCGAGCAGCCCCAGGGCCCCGGGGACACCAGGGGCGCUAGCUGCGGAGCCGGGCAGGAGUUGGCCUCGUGUAGGUGGGAGGGACCCUUAGGAUGUCGGGCGAGGCUCCGAACCUCCCAAGGCCCUGCCGUCGCCGUGCAGGCCUGUCCGAGUGCUUCCAGGUGAAUGGCGCCGACUACCGCGGCCGCCAGAACCGCACAGGCCCGCGCGGGACCGGCCGCCCGUGCCUCUUCUGGGACCAGACGCAGCAGCACAGCUACAGCAGCGCCAGAGACCCCCAGGGUCGCUGGGGGCUGGGGGCGCACAACUUCUGCCGGAACCCAGAUGGCGACGUGCAGCCGUGGUGCUACGUGGCCGAGACCGAGGAGGGCAUCUACUGGCGCUACUGCGACAUCCCCACCUGUCACAUGCCCGGCUACCUGGGCUGCUUCGUGGACUCGGGAGCCCCCCCGGCCCUCAGCGGCCCCAGCGGCACCUCUACGAAGCUCACGGUCCAGGUGUGCCUCCGCUUCUGCCGCAUGAAGGGCUACCAGCUGGCGGGAGUGGAAGCUGGCUACGCCUGCUUCUGUGGCUCCGAGAGCGACUUGGCUCGGGGUCGCCCAGCGCCGGCCACCGACUGUGACCAGAUCUGCUUCGGCCACCCCGGCCAGCUGUGCGGCGGCGAUGGGCGCCUGGGAGUCUACGAAGUGUCGGUGGGCUCCUGCCAGGGGAACUGGACUGCGCCGCAGGGCGUCAUCUACUCCCCGGACUUCCCGGAUGAGUACGGGCCGGACCAGAACUGCAGCUGGGCUCUUGGCCCGCCGGGCGCCGCUCUGGAGCUCACCUUCCGCCUCUUCGAGCUGGCAGACCAGCGCGACCGCCUGGAGCUGCGCGACGCGGCCUCGGGCAGCCUGCUCCGCGCCUUCGACGGCGCCCGCCCGCCGCCCACUGGGACGCUGCACCUGCGCGCCGCUGCGCUGCUGCUCACCUUCCGCAGCGACGCGCGUGGCCACGCGCAGGGCUUCGCGCUCACCUACCGAGGCGUGCAGGAUGCUUCGGAGAACCCGGUGCUCCCCAAGGGCUCGGCCCAGACCCCUGCAGUGCUCCCCGACGGGACUAAUGUGAGCUGCAGCCCCCGGCUUGGGGCUCCGGAGGCCACAAUGGGGGCCCGGGUCUUCUCGACAGUGAUGGCCAUCUCAGUGUUGCUGCUGCUGCUGCUGCUGCUGUUGCUACUGCUGUCGCUGCUACGCCUGCUGCGCCGACGGAGCUGUCUACUGGCUCCAGGAAAAGGGCCCCCACCCUUGAGGCCUUCCCAGGGCUCUGGGAGAAGUUGGGCUGUGUGGUACCGCCGACCUGGAGGGGUGGCACUGCCUUGCCCCCCGGGGGACUCCCAGGCUGAGGGUCUAGCCUCGACUUACCGCCCCCUGAGCGCCUCCAGCCAGAGUUCCCUGCGUUCGCUCAUCUCUGCGCUCUGACUCAGGAGCCCUAGGGUCCAUUGGAUCCUCCAACAGUGUGAUGGAUACCAGAGACUCCAUGCCACGCUCUGCCUUGGCCUUCCAGUUUGUUAAGGGCAGCUCUGCCUCUGUUCAUCUCUCAGAGGCCAGUCGUCGGACAGGAAGCAUCUGGUACUAUUAUUGGGAACUUGGCCUAACUCUGGGUGUCCAGAUGGUCCAGGCCAAAUGGCAAGAGGAAUCGGCUCCCCUCCUCAUAGACCUUGAUAAGGAGCUCUCUGAUUUCAGGGUCUUUGAGCCCCCCUGGGGGUAGUCCUGGACUGCUGUCUUACGUGAAAUGUGAGAGGUCAACAAAAGUGGUCAAAAGACCAGACAGACUUUGAAUAAAGGACCUAUUUUGGUA